GCUUCAGUAAUAAGGGCGGAACGGUUGCCAUGCAGGUAAACGCACCGGUGUUUCUGUCUCUGGGUGUGUUUGACCUGUAGAUUGUGUUCUUGUAACCUAAAAUACCACUUAGUUUCACUUCUUCGCCAUAUGUUUCGGAAAUGGCUCCAGCUGCCGUUAACUAUCACUAGGCUGAAGUUGUCCUGUUCGAAUGUUUCCGUUCCACCUUAAAUAAAUGAACCAGAACGCAACGGCCGCACAGUUUAAGGUGGAACGGAAAAUUCGAGCAACGAGCCCACUUUAUCUUCGUCCUGCUAUUUCUAACUUGAACCCAAACAACCUCGCACUAGCGACUAACUCUGACACCAGAUUAGCCAAAUAUGCGCGAUUAUAGAAGCCAAGAAUUACCACUGUAAACACAGUCCGCCUAUCUGACCGGGAAACUCGAUGCUGGCAGCUUCUUGGCUCUCUCCUUUUCUCCUUGAGAUGCCUCUGUCUCUGGGAGAGCUGCUGAAAAUGGUGGGGCUUGGGGCCGUGGCUCUAACAUUAGGAGUGGAGUGGCUGGACUGGCUGGCACGUCGCCUGUGGCUCCGGAGAGGCCCCCAGGGGCCCCUGAAAGAAGUCCUGUUCUUCCCUUCCCCGAUAACCUGCGUGGAGCACCUCUACAGCCCAGCCAGGGCUCUUCCAUGCUCCUGUCCCCUCCCCCACGGCAUGGACACCUCCUUCACCCGGCUCCUGGUGCACCUCCUCUCUGCGUGCGUAUCUCUGGACCUGUGUGUGUUCUCGUUCUCCCACAUGGAGCUGAGCAGAGCCGUGCUGCUGUUACACAGUCGUGGUGUGGCAGUGCGAGUGCUCACAGACAGGGACUACAUGAGCAUCAGCGGCUCUCAGAUUGGCACCCUCCGCAGGGCAGGUAUCUAUGUGAGGCAUGAGCUGAGUAAAGUGGUACACAUGCACCAUAAGUUUGCGCUGGUGGACGGAAGAAAGCUGAUCACCGGCUCCCUCAACUGGACCGCAACCGCCGUCCAGAGCAACAAGGAGAACGUGAUAGUGACAGAAGAGCUGGAACUGGUGCGGCCCUUUCAGGACGAGUUCUACAGGCUGUGGGAGGACAGUGACCCGGCCAAUCACACACACCAAACGCCCAUCGCCACGGCAACCAAAGGGCUGGUGACUCACAGUUAGUUAUUGAUUUUAGACAGGAAGACGCAGAGAUUUUUUUUUUCUCAGCAUUUGCUACAAAGUUUCAUGGGAUUAUAUAAAAUGUUUUGUUUUUAAUAUUAUAAG